AUGUCGUUCGGCGGUUUCUUCGGCGGCGGCAGUAGCAGCAGCGGCUCCGACAAAUCCUCGUCUUCCUCGCCCUCGAGCAGCAGCACAUUCAGCAGUCCCGUCGCAUCCAGUUCCAGCGGCUCUGAAACCCUGCAAAAGCUACAAGCCACAGUCGCCGAGCAGACAAACAUGGCGAACGCCCGCAUGCUGAUCUCAAAGGUCAACGAGGUCUGUUUCUCUCACUGCGUCACCAACCCAGGCUCGAGCUUGAGUUCUACGGAGAAUAAGUGCAUCAACGCCUGUAUGGAGAAGUACUUUGAUGCCUGGAACGUGACGAGUCGGGUCUUGACUGCCAGAAUCCAGAGGGAAAGCCCUGGGUUGGGUGGUGCGGCGGCGGGAGCUGCACCGGGUGGGAGAGAGUUGUUCUAA